AUGAAUCUAUUGAGUAUCUUACUAAAGAUCAAGUCAUUAAUUUUUCUUCUUCUUCCACUCCUCUCUUCCAAUCCUCCAGGUCGUAUUUCUGCCGUCUCACCCCUCACAUCAGACGGCGGACCCACCUACUCCCUCCAGAUCAAGUCGUGCGACUGCAGCGGUCUCUGCAGUGAGACCAUCCCCAUCAACAUUCACGUCUCGCAGCAGUGCCAGCCGGGCUGGAAGGGCGUGCCCAAGCGCAUCGAGUACCUGCCGGGCUCAAAGGCCACCGCGUUGGCGCCCAAGGCCUUCCUGGACACCUGCGGACGUCUGGUGUGCAACUCGUCGUCGCUGACCACCACCGUGACUCUUCAGACCGAUCAUAUCGGGUUCGGCUGCGACAGGGAGACCUAUUCAACACAGUCGCAGCGCACGCUUUGCAAUGCUGAUGCAGGCACCUACGAUCUCCUGCCCCGCCCCAAUGCCGGCGAGCAGUGGACCAAGAAACUGACCUCGGACAAUGGCAACGAGAGUGACCAGAUCUACCAGUUUGAUGGUGUCGAGGAUGCGGUCAUCGUUCCCGAGCAGUUUGCCCCGCCCAACAACCUGACCUCGACGUUCUCCAUCUCCUUCUGGAUGAAGCACCGAAACAUCGUCGGUGGAGACCCGGAAUACAUCGUCUGCAAGUCAGACAGCAAAGAAAUGAACCGUCAUCACUACGGCCUGUACGUCCACAACUGUCGGCUGGUGUUCGUCUCGCGUCAGGAGACGGGUGAUGGUUUCUACCCCUCCAUGUACCGGUGGAAGCUGAGGCAGGUGUGCGACCAGGAGUGGCAUCGCUACACCAUCAACGUAGAGGAAUUACAGGCCUCCUUGUUCAUUGACGGAGAAGCUCAGAUCGGUCCGAGAGUAUCCGAGGAUUGGCCUCUCCAUCACACCACCACUCCUACAUCUACAACUGUAGGAGCUUGCUUUAAGGGAGCUCAGGACAAGUUUGCCAACUAUUUCCAGGGCUACCUAGCCGGUCUGAGCGUCCUACCCGGUCAGAUCGAGACCCCCGAGGUGGUCAGCUGCAUGGUCAGAUGCAAGGAGGGUCUCUCCUUCAACGUCGGUAACCUGCCGGUCAGCGUGGCUCGCAUCAACACUGCCCGCACCAACCUUACUCUCUCCGGUGAACUGACGGAGCAGUUUUCCAGCGUACUGCAGCAGGUUGGCUAUAUCAAUGAAAGGACCUUCCCCACUCAGGGUCGACGCCCUCUUACCAUCUCUACCAAAGCCAGCUGCAAUGGAGUUGAGAUCGUCAUCCCGGACGUCUCCUCUUACGUGAUGGUCCUCCACCCCCACGAACCUACCAUCAGCAUCACUGGCUCCCAGGCGACCUCUCAGACCGUUGCUAACCUCGUGGCAGGCAUCGCGCCCUUCAAGACCAUCACUAUCGUCAGCAUCAUGACAGAGCAAGAAGAGGAGGAACUUGGUGCAGAUCAACAAGAAGUGACAGGUGGCGAUACCCCAGCCCUCAUCACCCACAAUCUGGACUCCUGCAGUGCACUGGUCAAGCAGGGCAGGCUUGUGGACGGAGAGACACUGACCAUUGCAGAGGAUAUCCUGACACAGCAUGGCCUGACCGUGGUCAACUCUGAGAAUGGAAUCGUCAUCAAAGGACUUGCCACAUUGAAAGAUUACCAGAACGUCUUGAGGCAGAUCUCCUACUCCCAGGUGGCGUCCGGUAAGAACCAAGAUCGUCGUCUCACCCUGCACUGCUCUGAGCUCAAUGGAAGAUUUGUCAGCAAUGACUUCGAUGUCAGGAUUGGAGUACUUCAUCAGGCGAUGCGUGCCCUCAACAAACCCAGUCAUGUCAAACAGUCUGUAAUGUUCAGUCAUAGCAACGUUAGAGUGCAUGAUAAACUCAAGGAGAACUCCCCCAAGCAUAUCACAUCCAAGAACGCAGUAUCAAGUACAGCAAUGGCCAUCGUGGUGGUUCUUUGUGUUGGGUUCCUGCUCUUCAUGAUCGUCCUGGGCGUGUUCCGUAUCUACUCCGCUCACAAGGCAAAUAGAGCCUUUGAUGGACAGGACAUGGACUGGGAUGAUUCGGCCCUCAACAUCACGGUCAAUCCUAUGGAAGGGCCGAUCGCCACAGGAGAAACGGACGAGUCGAGCGAAGACGACGACGAGGAUAGUUUGGAGGACGAGAGUUCAAGUUCAGAAGAAGAGGAAGAAGAAGUUUGCGUCGAAAUCAAAGGGACGCCCUUAGAGUGGGACGAUUCAACGAUGAAAUUCUGAGAAUGAUCCCAUCGUAUUCCCUUGUAAAAUCCCUCCUUCUCUCGCUCAGUCAAUCCUCGCC